AUGGCAACAAGAGGGGGAGGUUCUGAUGAUUCGUGGGUGGCGAAGAUCCACAAAGCGAUGAAGAAGGCUAACAAUUCGGUUAUUGGGUACGUGAGUUCCAAGUCUCACUGGCCAUUGCCGCAAGUCCACAUAAGCUUGAGGCCUCAACACAAGAGUAUGGAGAAGAUUCUGAGCAUGGGUUUUGAUCUCUUUAAGCAUAAGAAAUCUUCAAAGACGAGGUGGUUCAUGAGUUGCGGAAAUUUGAUAGGUGCUUUGGAUGGUCUAGCCAAUUUACGAUAUUCAGUGGUGCUAUCGAAGAUAGAGUUUGAGAGAGAAAAGCUUGAGUUGAAGCUAGAUGAUGUACUACAUUCUCAAAUGAAGCUAUUGCAAGUGUGGGGAAGUAUAGAAAAGCGACAUGUAACUGCAAUUACCAUAAUAUACGAGUGUUUGUAUGCUGUUGCGUGCAGAGUUCAUCUUUUGGAUGGUGCAAUGUUACAGGAUAUAGAAUUAGCAUCCAUUGCUCAAAGUCAUGUUAUCAUCUGGGGAGGAGUUAAAAUUGAAAUCGUUGAUAAUCAAGCUGAUAAGAUUGCUGAGUUGUUAUCAACAUUAGCAGAAGUUGUUAUACAAGAGAGGUUCCUCUUAGAGGAAUUCGACGAUAUCUUCCACAUCAUACGUGUUCUUGAGAUACUUGAGCGCAUUCCUUCUGGUAAGCUACCUACAAUCUUAACAUUUUGUUGUUAA